ACUCCAACUGCGCAGGUGGAAAAGCAACAAAAGGAACAAGACAAAGAAAAGACCAAAGGAGACGGGGAUACAAAGGAAGAAACAAGGAGACCAUGUAGGAGACUACGGCAAUAAUCCAGGUAUCAUUUCUACAGUAUCCUCGACUGGGUCAUCAUUCAAGAACAUCUUGAACAUCUCUAGUGAUGGCAAGGUUUUUAUCUCAUGAAACAGUUCAUUCCAUCUUCAGACAGCUCUACUUGUGUGAAAAGUCUUCUUUAUACUAAACCGAACCUCAUUCCAUGUAAUUUCCACCCACACUGCCCUUUGGAGUUACUCCAGGAGGAAAGGGAAGAUGAAAGACCGACUUCAAGAACUAAAGCAAAGAACAAAGGAAAUUGAGCUCUCUAGAGACAAGGAUGUGUCGACUACAGAAGCAGAGGAACAAGGGGUGUUUCUGCAGCAAGCUGUUAUUUAUGAAAGAGAGCCUGUAGCUGAGAGACACCUACAUGAGAUACAAAAACUACAGGAGAGUAUUAACAACUUGACAGAUGAUGUUCAAAAAUUUGGGCAGCAACAGAAAAGUCUGCUGGCUUCUAUGAGAAGGCUUAGUCUACUUAAGAGAGAGUCUAGCAUUACAAAAGAGAUAAAAGUCCAAGCAGAACACAUUAAUAGAGGUUUGGAUGAUUUAGUGAAAGAAGUUAAAAAGUCAGAGGAUGAAAACGGUCCAUCAUCAGUGGUCACAAGGAUACUUAAAUCUCAGCAUGCUGCGAUGUUCCGCCAUUUUCAGCAAACUAUGUUUAUAUACAAUGACACAAUAGCAGCAAAGCAAGAGAAGUGCAGGACAUUUAUUUUCCGUCAGCUUGAAGUUGCUGGAAAAGAAGUGCCGGAAGAAGAGGUAAAUGAUAUGCUUCAUCAAGGAAAAUGGGAAGUUUUUAAUGAAAGCUUACUUCGAGAAAUCAGUAUCACUAAAGCACAACUCUCAGAGAUGGAACAGAGACACAAAGAACUUGUUAAUUUGGAGAACCAAAUAAAGGAUUUAAGGGACCUUUUCUUUCAGAUAUCUCUUUUAGUAGAGGAACAGGGAGAAAGCAUCAACAAUAUUGAAAUGAUAGUGAAUGUCACAAAAGAGUAUGUUACCACUACUAAAGAAAAAUUUGGACUAGCUGUAAAAUACAAAAAAAGAAAUCCUUGCAGGGUAUUGUGUUGCUGGUGUUGUCCAUGUUGUGGCUCAAAAUAA